UGGAGCUGCAGAUAUAAAGAAACCCUAAAAUAACCCAGGGGUUUUUACCUUUCAAAUGUAGUAGAAUUUGAAUUUGCACAUAAGAAAUGCAAACCAGUGGAAUAUACCAGCUUCCAAAAGCAAUGUAUUUGUAUGCAGUGGGCAAGAAAUCUUGGCAUCAAACAAUGCAAAGCUGAAGGAAAGGAAGAAUUUAUUAAUCUCAGAGAAAAGCCUCUGGCUGGAGGUAGACCAGGACUGGAAAAAUCAUGGAUGUCAUUUUUCUUCUGCUCGUCUGUGUCUCUGUUCACAUUGCAUAUGGUCAAGUAAAAGUUAUUCAAAUUUUCCCAAAUCAAGGGAGCGUAAACGGAGCAACCAGGAUUACAAUCAAAGGACAGGGUUUUGCAGAAGCGAAUCAGUUUAACUAUGGAGCUGGCAAUGACAACUUGGGAAAUGCUGUGCAGAUGGUGUCUGCCACCUUAUCUAUCCCUUGUGAUGUAGAGAAAGAUGCAAGUCAUUCAACUCUGAUAACUUGCUACACCAGACCAAUGCCCGCAGAUACUUAUGUUGUUCGAGUAAGCGUAGAUGGAGUGGCUGUGCUCGACAAAGACACGUGUAAUGGCUAUUUUUAUAGCUCUGCGUGCAGGUUCCAGACUCACAUUUACUACACACCGACUAUAAACAGUAUCACACCAGCUUCUGGAUUACCAGGUUCCAUGAUAACAAUACAAGGGAAAAUCUUUACAGACGUGUAUGGCAGUAAUACGGCUUUAAGUUCCAAUGGUAGAAAUGUCAGGAUUCUAAGAGUUUUUGUUGGAGGAAUGCCUUGCGAACUGCUUGAACCCAAUUCAGAUAAUUUGUAUGGACUACAACUAGACAACCAAUACAGUGAUACUGGCUCAAUGGUUUGCAAAAGUACUGGAACAUAUGUUGGUCAUCAAAAUGUCAGUUUUAUUCUAGACAGUAAUUACGGAAGGAGUUUACCUAGCAUUGCAACAUAUUUUGUGUCUUCAAUCAAUAAAAUGACCAUGUUCCAAACAUAUGCAGAGGUGCUCAGUGUUUCUCCUUCUGUUGGAAGCGUACAAGGGGGAGCAAUAAUCACAAUAACUGGGCGUUUUUUCGAUCAGACUAAUUCUCCAGCCAAAGUUCUGGUGGGAGGUCAGGAAUGCCAGAAUCUUGGAUUAACAGAUACAACUAUAACAUGUAGAGUUCCAUCAAAGCCAAAUAUGCUUUCAUCUUUCUAUCCAGGAGGCAGAGGGAUGAAAUUUGAAGUGUGGAAUAACGCAAACCAAUACUCAUUGGACCUAGCCCUGAAAUACAAUGAAACUACUCCUGGAUAUCUAGGAGCCAAAUGGCUGGAUGGUGCAACAUACUCAUGGCCUGCAGGAAAUAAUUAUUUUGUUGCCCGCUUCAGUGGAUUUCUGGUUCCACCAGAGACUGACUACUACCGUUUAUAUAUCAAAGGAGAUGAUACAUUUUCUCUUUAUUUCAGUGAAAAUGGAGACCCAGCAAGCAAGGUAAAAAUUGCUUAUGGCAACUACUACACAUCCAAUUACAUCUCUGAUCCAACUCGGAUGUCAAAAGUUUUUCAGCUUGAUAAAGGGAAACCGUACUACAUUGAGGCUUAUGUCCAGAACUCCUUGGGAACAUCAUCCAUUGAUAUUGGAUUAUACAAGUAUGCUAGUACUUAUACUGACCAGCAGACAACAGACGCAGUAAAUGAAGUACAGAUCAUAGAAUCACAAUCCACUACAGUACUGGAAAAGCAGAUUAUAACUGUAAAGAACUGGACCACAUCCACAGCAAUACAUGAAGUUCAGACUAUUACAGUUACAAAAUACUGUGAGGAACCUUGCCCAACCUUCUUCUAUAGACUGAUUCACGGAAUUGAUAAAACAGGGUUAUUGUCAGCUGAUGCUACAGCCGCUGAAGUACAGUCUGAAUUAAAUAGCCUGUGGUCUGUGCAGCCUGACACUGUGACGGUAACAGAAGAAGGUUCGGGGCAGCAACAAGUUUACAAAGUCACAUUUGUGUCAGAAAGAGGUGAUUUUCAACUUCUUUCAUAUGAAAUUCCAGCAGAAAGUAAUUUUACAGUGAAUAUUACAGAGCAAACUAAAGGCGUCCCAAGUAUGAACACCUACACGUUAGUGUGGGAUGGCGUUUACUCGAAGCAAUUGUCAGUACAUUCACCAGCUGAGGAGAUUAAGGCAGCAGUGGAAGAGAUGGUUGGUACAUUGUGUCCAGAUGUCUAUGUGAAGUAUGCAGAAAAUACAGCCGUCAAGUAUUUCAGAAAUUAUGAAACAGAUUUCACUUUGGUUAAUAGCAACAGAGGCAUUUUGACAGGUGAAACUUUAGCCUUUUGUGGUAGAUUUUCUAUAAUGAAUCCUCAAAUUUUGUACGAUGCAUCAGAGCUGAAAGCAAACCAAAGAAGCUAUGGAGUCAUAUCGUUGACGUACCACAACCAGCUGUGCUUUGCAUAUAAAGGAUAUCUAGAAAAUAGCAUUUUCUUUGCUUUUCAAUAUGAAAGCAGUGACGGCAUUCAAAACAUGGUCUCUGUAAUCCCCUACACGUUUGUUCAAGGUGACAGCUGGACGUACACUUGCAUAAACAUGCUGGAUCUUCUUAAAUCUACGUAUAAAGGCAAAAACUACAAUGUGCAGACGAUUGGGUUAAUAUCAAUCAAUUCACAAACAAAUUUCUACAUAGAUGUGCUUUAUAUUGGACAGAGUACUACAACGGAUGAUCCAAAUGUUGUUAGACGAGAGCCAGCAUUAGCAAGCCAAGGAAUAAUAAUCAGCAAUGUUGAAGUGACUAAUCUAAUAAAUGGAUCUGAAACUGAUGCUCAAUACGCCAUAACCAUCAUUCCAUAUAAAUGUGGUUAUAAUUUCCCACUAUUUUCUGUUGGAUUUGCUGAGAAUGUUAACAAUGAAGUGGGAGGUGAAGAAACCUACAGAGCUACUACAUGGCCACAAAACUCGUCAAUUCAAAUAUAUCAGCAACAGGCGGCUUCUCCUCCCAUAGGAGGGACAUUUAGUAUUAAAGCAUAUGACAAAGUGAUACAAGGCCUUCCGGCAGACAUUUCUCAUGUUGAUUUGCAGUACGCCUUGCAGACAAUUCCAGAACUGGGACAAAUAUCCGUUUUUGAAAGAACAGGAAGCUGUACAGGAUAUUCUUGGGAAUUCAAGUUUUUAACAGCCACUGGCUAUCAGCCCCUUUUACAGAUUAAUGAUUCUUCUGUUUCUGGUAUAAAUGCAACAAUUAAAGCAAGUAAAGUGAUUGCAGGUGGUCUGUUUCGUCAGCGUUUGCUUGGUGACCUUGUGAGAACAUUACACCAUGAGCCUCAGGUUGAAGUCUACAUAAAUGGAAUACCCUCAAAAUGCUCCGGAAACUGUAGUUAUGUAUGGAGUGACGUAAAUACACCAAUCGUUAAUAGCAUUAAUAUUGUAGAAGGUUCUGGGGAUUCUGAUGAAAUGUUGAUAAUAAAAGGAAAUGGAUUUUCUUACACCUCUAAUAACGAUACAUCAUUAGUAACCAUUGGUGAUACCGAUUGCAUUAUUACUAAUGUCACUGCUGACGAAAUUAAAUGCCUGGUACAAAAAGCAAGUGCAGGGAUAUUUCCAGUCACUGUAUAUAUUGCGGAAAUUGGAUUUGCAUUGUCCUCUGGAAGUAAUCUAACAUAUACACACCAGACAAGUAUCUCCUCUGUGACACCUUCGUCAGGAAGUAUUGCAGGUGGAACAUUGGUAACAAUAACCGGAAUGGGAUUUAGUGAAAAAUCACAAGUACAGUUUGGAAGCGGCAUCUGUGAUAUUAUUUUUGCAAAUCUGACUAUGAUUCAAUGUAGAACACCACCAACAUCACAAGGAAACAUUGAUGUUGUUGUUCUUACCAAUGGAUUAAAUGCAACUUUGCAGAAUGCUUUUUAUUAUGACAUUUUGAACACUCCGGUAAUAACUGAUAUUAGCCCAAACAGCAGCAGCGUGUUGGGUAAUAUAAGUUUAGUUAUUUCUGGAUUUAACUUUAGUAGCCAGUCCAUACAAAAUAAAGUUUUUAUUGGAAAAAGUCGCUGCGAGAUAGUGGAGUGGAACCCAACCAAUAUCACAUGCAUUCUGCCUCCACAUACCCCUGGCGUGUAUGAGGUUGUAGUUCAAGUGGACAAUUUGGGUUUUGCAUCUUUCAGUACGGAAGACAUAGCAUCAUUAAGGUAUAUUUUACAAGUGAACAGCAUAUUACCACAGCAUGGAUCUCUUUAUGGUGGCACUCAAGUGACAUUAACAGGGUCUGGAUUCAGCACAAUUCCAGAAGAAAAUCAAGUCCAGUUUGGUUCUAUUCCAUGUAAUGUUACUUCAAGCUCAGAAACCAAAUUAAAAUGUGUCAUUCAAAGACCUGGAAAAGUAUAUCGUGUCACAAAUGAUGGAAUACAUCCAGUAUACGGACUAGGAUAUGUUUGGACUCCAUCAAUCCUAGAGAUAACGUCUGGGGAUACUGUCAUAUGGCAAUGGCAAGCUCAGCCAUUUAUCACGGGCAUUGGAUACAGGGUGUAUUCUGUGUCAAGUCCAGGAAAUGUAACAUAUGAUGGCAAAGGUUUUUUUAGUGGGCCAACUAAACUACAGUCUGGUAUCUUUUCAUAUCAGUUCACAAUUCCUGGAAUCUAUUACUACAGCAGUGGAUACGUUGAUGAUGCGGAUACUAUAUUUUUACAAGGUGCAGUCAAAGUAUUACCAGCUCAAGAUCAGAAACUUCCACUCUACAUGGCAGUUGGUGGAAAAGAGGCAGAAUAUAUUCCAGAUUUGGAUGCACCGCGAGCAAAAAGAUCUCUGGCUGACUGCAUAGCAGAAGAACCAACAUGUGCUGAAAUCUCUAAUGUUGUCCAGAUCAACAAUUCUAUUUUGUUUGAGUUUACAAGUUGCUUCACCCCUUCCAUAAUAAGCAUUUACCCACAGUCUGGAACAAUAUAUGACUCAAUAAUUAUCAAUGGAACAGGAUUCAGUAAUGUUACAUGUGCUAAUCAGAUUUUAGUUGGAAGAUAUCCUUGUGCUGUUUCCUAUGCUGAUGAGAAUUCUGUGAUAUGUAAUGUGGACCCUCAAAAUUCAAUGCCAGUUGGGACUGCAGAAAUUGUGUCAGUAACAGUAAACAACUUAGGAAAUGCAAUCAACAUUUUAGAAAACGAAUUAGAUCGACGUUUUGCACUUCUAUCUCAUAUUGACAUUGUUACCCCUAGUAAUGGGUCCAGUACAGGAAAUACACGAUUAAGCAUACAUGGAUCAGGGUUUUCAGAUAUAGCUGGCAAUACCAGAGUAACUAUAGGUGGCUUUGAUUGUGCCAUUGUAUCUAUUAAUUACACAGAUAUUUCAUGUGACACAUUACCUGGCAUUUCACAGAAUGUGAAGGUAAAUGUUGAUGUAAAAGGAUUUCCUAGUCAGUGUAAAAGUUCCUGUCGUUUCUCCUAUACUGAUGCACUUACUCCUCUCAUAUACAAUGUCUACCCCACUGUUAUCCACAACACUUCUGACACGUUUUACAUAUAUGGCUCGGGAUUCGGAACAAAUGUUGAUGACGUCUUUGUUUAUGUAGGCGACUUUCAGAUAAAUGUAGAAGGUGUCAAUGACACUGUCAUCAUCUGUAGUAUUGAUCCUCUCCCUGUUGGUGAUUAUGUUGUUAAAGUCAUUGUUUUAAGUAAAGGUUUAGCUUCUGGCACGGUCACCAUUAAUAGUCCUGCAGAAGCGUCCCUUUCACCUACCUCUGGAAGCAUUCAAGGUGGUACUCUCCUGCUGAUCCAAGGAAAUGGUUUUGAUCCUUUGAAUACUACAGUGCUAGUUGAUGGAAAAUUGUGCCAAAUUAAGUCAAUUACAUCUGGGGAAAUUCAGUGUUUUACACCUCCUGCUGCAUCUGCUAAAACUGCUAUGGUGCGUGUCAAAGUGCAUUCUACCACCUACCCAGUGAUGAGCUUUUCAUAUGCAGAGAGUGAUACCCCUGUAGUUACAACAGUUGUUCCUAAUACAGGACCCUCAGGAACAUUAAUUACAGUCACUGGAUUGCAUUUUGGAUUAAAUACAGCGCAGAUCACAGUGACUAUAGACGAUGCAAUAUGUAACGUGGCAACUCUCUCAGAUAGCCAAUUAGAGUGUAAUACUUCUGACCAUUCUGGAGGCAACUUUCUUGUACAGAUACAUAAUGAAAAAGGAUUUGCAAAAUCCAGUGCUUACUUUAAAUAUGAACUUACUUUGACAGAUGUCUCUCCAACUACAGGUAGCUUUGGUGGUGGGUUACCGAUCACAGUCACCGGUUCUGGUUUUGAUCCACUAACAUCCAGUGUACGUGUCUGCAACUCUGAAUGCAAAGUAGACAAACUUAGAUCCAGUACAAAUUCCCUGUACUGUGAAGUUCCAGCACAUAAUGGAACUGGUACUGGACACAACUGUACUGUUCUCGUUGCAAAUGGAGAUAAUACAGUGCAGUUGGAGAAUGCGUUCUUCUAUGAUUCCUUAUUGACUCCUAUUAUAUAUGACGUCAGUCCAAAACGAGGUGGGACAGCAGGAGGGACCAAACUUACAAUCACAGGUUCCAAAUUCAGUGCCAACAUAUCAAGUAUCUCUGUUACCAUAGCAAAAGCACCAUGUGAUGUUCAGUCUGCCAAUACCACACAUAUUAUUUGUACAACCACAUCACAUUCUCCUUCAGAACGCUCUAAUGUUAAAGUCAACAUUGAAGAUCAAGGACUUGCUAAAAUGGAAAAUGCUGACUUUUUCUAUAUUGACGUAUGGUCCUCAAGAUAUACCUGGGGAGGAGAAUCACCUCCAGAUGAAGGGUCAUUAGCAGUUAUCACAAAAGGGCAAACAAUAUUGCUGGACCAAAGUACACCUGUGCUGAAAAUGCUCCUGAUUCAGGGAGGAACUUUAAUAUUUGAUGAAGCUGAUAUUGAAUUGCAGUCAGAGAAUAUCUUGAUUACAGAUGGAGGUCGUCUUCAGAUUGGUACUGAAGCUGCACCCUUUCAGCACAAAGCGAUCAUUACACUACAUGGACAUCUACGUUCUAUUGAGUUACCAGUGUAUGGGGCAAAGACUUUAGCUGUUAGAGAAGGAACACUGGAUCUACAUGGGCUGCCAGUUCCUAUUACAUGGACACGUCUAGCUCAGACUGCUGAAGCUGGAGAUUCUACUCUCACUUUACAACAAAGUGUAACCUGGAAAGUUGGAGAUGAAAUUGUUAUUGCAUCAACAGGCCAUAGACACAGUCAACAAGAAAAUGAAAAAAGAACAAUUGAGAGCAUUUCAGAAGAUGGCAGAACUCUUAAUCUUACAGAGCCACUGAGAUUCAAACACUUGGGAAUAUCAGUCACUCUGCCUGAUAACUCUGUAUUUGAAGCAAGAGCAGAGGUUGGCCUUCUUACAAGAAACAUUGUUAUCAGAGGAUCUAAUAACAAUGAAUGGAAUGACCAUAUAGAAGCUUGUCCUGAUGGAUUUGAUACAGGUGAAUUUGCAACCCAAACAUGUUUCCAGGGAAGGUUUGGAGAAGAAAUAGGAAGCGAUCAGUUUGGAGGAUGCAUCAUGUUCCAUGCACCAGAGCCAAAUAAACUUUUGUCAAUUGGAAGAAUUGAAUAUGUGGAGAUAUUCCAUGCCGGACAAGCCUUCAGGUUAGGGCGCUACCCAAUACACUUUCAUUUAAUGGGCGAUCUCCAAUUUAAGUCAUAUGUACGAGGUUGUGGAAUCCAUCAGACAUACAACAGAGCAGUAACCAUCCAUAACACGCAUCACCUACUUGUUGAAAAUAAUGUAAUAUAUGAUAUCAUGGGAGGAGCAUUUUUUAUUGAAGAUGGAAUUGAGCAUGGAAAUGUUCUUCAGUACAAUUUGGCUGUAUUUGUUCGCCAGAGCACCAGUCUCCUCAAUGAUGAUGUCACCCCUGCAGCAUUCUGGGUAACCAAUCCCAAUAAUACCAUUAGGCACAAUGCAGCAGCAGGUGGCACACACUUUGGUUUUUGGUACAGAAUGCAUAAUAAUCCAGAUGGACCUUCCUAUGACCCAACAAUUUGUCAGAAACGGGUUCCACUUGGUGAAUUCUACAACAACACUGUGCACUCUCAAGGAUGGUUCGGAAUAUGGAUUUUUGAAGAAUAUUUUCCCAUGGAUACUGGAAGCUGUAGUUCUACUACACCAAAACCUGCAAUUUUUAAGUCAUUGACAACUUGGAAUUGCCAAAAAGGAGCAGAAUGGGUGAAUGGUGGAGCACUACAAUUCCACAAUUUUUCAAUGAUAAACAAUGAGCUUGCUGGCAUAGAAACCAAGCGAGUAGUGUCAAGUUACGUUGGUGGUUGGGGAGAGACCAAUGGAGCAGUAAUUAAGAAUGCUGUAAUAGUAGGUUACCUUGAUGAACUUGGAUUAGGCUCUAAUUAUUGCACAUCAAGAGGUAUCGUUCUUCCAUUUGAUGAAGGGUUAACAGUUUCAUCUGCAAAGUUUUUAAAUUUUGACCGGCCAAAUUGUGCUGCAAUAGGAGUUACAUCUAUUGUUGGAGUUUGUUCAGACAGAUGUGGAGGAUGGAGUGCAAGGUUUGAUGGAAUACAGUACUUUAAUGCAACUAACAAAGCUGGAUUCAGGUGGGAGCACGAGGUUGUUCUAAUCGACAUGGAUGGAACAUUUGCAGGGAAAGUUGGAUAUAAAGUGGUACCAAAGAGUGGAUUGUUGGAUACUUCUCAAUGUAGUCUGCAUAAAGAAUGGAGUGUUGGAUUCCCUGGAUAUAUUUGCAACUCCACUGUCAGCUUCCACAGAUUAGCCUUCAACAACCCCUCACCGUCAUCUCUUAAUGCCAAGGAUGUGAUAAUUUCUAACUCGUUUGGUGUCAGUAUUGUACCUUAUCUGCCAAAACGUCUAACUCAUAAGCCAGGAUGGAUGGCUUUGCUUCCAAAUACCCAAUCUUUAAACUGGUAUUUUAAGGAUGUAGACCACAUUACAAACAUCUCAUAUGCUUCUACAUUCUAUGGAUUUAAGAGUGAUGACUACGUAAUAAUAUCCCACAACUUCACCCAGCGACCAGAUGCAUUUAAAAUUAUUGAUAUAAGGAAUGAAUCUCAACAACAGCUGAGCUUUACCAACAAUACCAAUGGUGACUGGCACUUCGAUGACAACACAACUACAUUAUCCUAUCUUGUAUCUGGAAAACACAAGCUACGAAGACGUGCUGUUGCAGGACGACUUGAUCCGACCAUGACAAAUGUGAAUGUUAAUUUUAAUGUUUACCAGUGUUUCUACAAGAAUUGUAUCCCUCCUCCUCCUCCAACUACAGUGCCAUUGUCAACCAGACGCCCUGAUGUCUAUGUUCUCUGGUCCAAUCGUUCCUUCUGGGAAUCAUCAGAAGAAAACAAUAAAAAAGUACCGCAAGAAGGAUCCGAUGUUGUUAUCCCUGCAGGCACGUGGGUUGUAGCUGACAUUGAUAUUCCUUCUUUGGAAAAACUGACAAUUUAUGGAGCACUGGAGCUACAAAACAACACUAACAGCACUACAAGUACAUUUAAGAAAACUGUACUUAAUGCUACUUAUAUAUCUAUACAGGGUGGAAGACUAAUAGGUGGUUGGGAAGAUGAUCCUUUCCUUGGAGAAUUAUAUAUUGUAUUAAGAGGAAACCAUUCAACUCCUGAAAUGCCUUUGCCAGAUGGACCAAACCAGGGAUCAAAGGUUUUAGGUGUGUUUGGUCAACUCGACCUCCAUGGAAUACCUCGCUCCGUGUAUAAAACAAAGCUAUCAACAACAGCUGAAGCAGGAUCAAACUACAUUACUCUUGUGGAUGCAGUGGAUUGGAAGGUGGGAGAAGACGUUGUAAUAACCACCACCAGUUACGAUGCCUGGCAAACAGAAACCCGAAAAAUCAUCAAUAUUUCACCUGACAUGAAAAAUCUCACUUUAAAUUCUUCACUUACUUUUAAACACAUUGCUAAAACCUAUCAAGUACCAGGCACAGCAAUGAAUUAUACACUGGCAGCUGAUGUUGGCCUUCUGAACAGGAACAUUAAAAUAAUUGGUCAGGAUUAUCCUGGAUGGUAUAAGGAAUCAUUUGGAGCACGUGUUCUUGUCAGCUCAUUUACAGUGAAUGAUAUUACAUAUCAAGGAAGUGCAAGAAUUGACAAUGUAGAAUUUUACCACAGUGGACAAGAAGGCUUCAUAGAUCCCACAGACCCAAGAUAUUCCUUGGCAUUCCUCAAUCUUGGAGAGGUGCCUCUAAACACAUCCUAUGUUAAAGGCUGUGCCUUCCAUAACGGAUUUGCUCCAGCUAUUGGCGUUUUCGGUAUAAAUGGACUGGAUAUUGAUGAUAAUGUAAUUUACUUUACAGUAGGAGAAGGAAUCAGAAUAUGGGGAGAACGUAUAAGGUUAAGAAGAAAUCUUGUCUGUCUUUCUGUCUGGCCUGGUACUUAUCAAGACAGAGUAGAAGAAAAGAAUGUUUUGUGGCAUGCUGGGAUAGAGAUAAACAAAGGUGCUGAUAUAGUACUACAGGAAAAUAUUGUGGCUGGAUUUGAACGAACUGGAUACCGCAUUAAUGGUGAACCCUGCCAAGAUAACCCUAAUGAAGAAUGGUUUGGCAAUGAAGCACAUGGCGGAUUAUAUGGUGUAUAUAUGAAUAAAGAUGGACUUCUGGGAUGCUCUCUUAUAAGAAGAUUUACUUUAUGGAAAUGCUGGGAUUAUGGCAUUUACACACAGACAAUCGAAAGCAUACAGAUCUCUGGAACUAUCCUUGCGGACAAUGGAAUGGGAAUUCUAUCUAUCAUAUUCACCCCUUCUUCAGUUUCUCAUGAGACAUCAAACAAAACUAUUAAAAUCACGAACUGUCUGCUUGUUGGAAGCAGUUCCGAUUUUCAGUGUGAUGAUAAAUUGAAUAACAGCGAUGCUAAUAUCCAGCUCAGCCAAGAUCAACGUAGCUCCAGACCAUUGACAGGUGGAAGAAGUGGCAUCUGCUGGCCCACGUUUGCUUCUGCUCAUAAUGGUGCUCCAGAAAAGCCUCAUGCUGGGUUGAUGAGUUAUAAUGCAAUCAGUGGUCUAAUGAAAGUUGAAGAUACAACAUUUGUGGGAUUUAGGAAUGUAUGUUCUGGAGAAACGAAUGUUAUGUUUAUGACCAACCCCUUAAAUGAGGACUUGCAACAUCCUAUACAUGUGUCCGGGAUAAACAUUGUCAACAGCUCAGAAAAACAAAAAAUAUUUAUUCACCGGCCUGAUUUGGGGAAAGUUAACCCAUCUGACUGCGUGGAUAUGGAUUGUGAUGCCAAAAAGAAAUCCCUUUUGAAAGAUCUUGAUGGCUCAUUUCUUGGAGUCCCAGGUGCUGUGAUACCACAAUCAGAAUAUGAGUGGAAUGGUGAUAAGAGACAUGGUGUGGGAGACUAUCGUAUUCCUAAAGUAAUGCUAACCCGCCUAAAUGGAAGCCGAAUUCCUGUCUCUGAAGUUGCUCCUAACAAAGGAAUCAUCAGAAACUCUGCUUGCACAUAUAUCUCAGACUGGGAAAGUUACAAAUGCACAGGACUGAAUUAUGAAAUGUUAGUUAUUGAAAGUCUUGACCCCGACUCAGAGACCAGACGACUGUCACCAGUGGCUGUGUUGGGUGAUGGUUAUGUUGAUCUUAUUAAUGGUCCCCAAGAUCAUGGCUGGUGUUCUGGAUAUACCUGUCAAAAAAGAGUAUCCCUCUUCCACUCAAUUGUAGCAACAAAUAAGUCAUAUGACAUCUUCUUUAGUGGAGUGAGCCCUCAAAAUCUUCGUCUUAUGCUCCUGAAUGCUGACAGUACAAAAGUUGUUGUUGCUGCAAUUUAUUUCUCCACUCCACAGCGCCUGGACGUAUAUGUUGAUGAUGUAUUUAUAGGCCCAAAUAAUGCAGAGUGGAAUAGUCAAAACACAGACUUUAUAUUAAAACCCCCAGUUUAUCAAGGGCAAUACAGGCCUCAGUUUAACUCUACAGUGCAUGGAGAAAACUACCUUGAUAGAGAUUACAACAUGCUCUAUGUUCUGCUAAGAGGAUCCACCCCUGUUGAAAUUCAUACAACUCCUUUGAUUGUCAUUGCCUUUAAUAUACCUGCUAUGACCGUGAAUGAGUUUUACGGCAGCAAUCUUGUUAGAAAUCUUGCACUUUUCCUGAAGAUUCCAGCAAAUAAAAUCCGUGUUACGAAAAUAGUGGCAGAAGGAAGUCGCAGAAGAAGAUCAACAGGACUUACAGUUUCAGUAGAAAUUGCAGAUCCUCCAUCUCAACAGAGAAACAGCAGCAGUACAUCAGGUGGACUGACGUACUCUGAUUUAAAGAAUAUUAGUACAAGUCUUGCAGGAUCAGCAAUCAGUGGAAGUCUCAGUUCCUCUCUAAAUGUAACAAUAUCUUCAUUGGCUGUUUCUGAACCUAUUCCUUCUCCAAAUGAUGCAUCUUGGAGUACGGUGGCCUCACAAACUGUUGACAGAACUCAGACAACAACUGUAAAUUUUCUGGCCACUGUAGCCUCACUAAAAGUUGUUGUUGAACCUGUGGCUGGUUUACUGGGAAUGCCACUGUCCCAGCAACCUGCAGUUAUAGCAUUGGAUUCCAAUGGAAAUUGUGUCUCUGUAAGCACAAGUGCGUUGUCACUGACAGCUAAACUUAAAGAUGCCAACAACAACAUUCUGAACAGUGGACUUGAAGGAAAUACAACUAUUUUAUUUGUUGGUUGUUGGGCCAACUAUACAGACCUUGUUCUAAAACUUCCAGGUAACAACUACAAACUUGAAAUGGUGUUGAACAAUGUGUAUGCACAAACAAAAUCCUUCAGUGCUAAAGAUACCAGUAUUAAUACGUCAACUGCAACAUCUACUAGUCACAGCACAUCUUCAGCCACCCGAGUUCCUCUCUGGACAUGUAUGGUGCUUAUCUUGACUGCAAUGAGCAUGAUUUUGAUAACAGAGAUUUAGCUUUAAGGAUGGUGUAUUUAUGGUCAGUCAAGAUUGUCUUCAAAAGAGUAAUACAAACAACUUGAAGAAACUACAUCUAAGAAGAAAACACUAUAAAUAAAAGGAUUACAAAAAAUGAAAAGAAGAUACAGUCAAAAGCAAAUUCCAUAAAAUAAAGUGAAUUGAUCUGUAACAACUGUUAUAUUUUUAGAAAACAACUUAUUUUUGGCCCAGUACUAUGUUAUUUAAAGUGUUUAAUAAAAACAUUUUUAUUUUA